AUGUCCACAGUCCAGAUCGACCGCCUGCUCGACACAGUGGUCAAAACCGGCGGCUCUGACCUCCACCUAACCGUUGGACGUCAGCCAACCAUCCGCCUCCAUGGCGGACUCCGAAACCUUGAGACCAAGGUCCUUGAGUCCGAUGACAUGGUUUCGCUAAUGAAGUCCAUCACGCCGGAGCGGAAUCAGCAGGAACUCCAGGAAGAAGGCGGCACCGACUUUGGAUUCGCAUACGGCGAGGCCGCUCGUUUCCGUGUUUCCGUCUUCCGUCAACGCGGCGAUAUCGCGAUUGUUCUCCGUCAAAUCCCGAACCGCCUCUUGACCUUCGACCAGAUCGGUUUGCCGGAUAUGUGUAAGGAUCUGAUCCGUCGCCCGCGUGGUCUCUUCCUCGUGACCGGCCCGACUGGAUCGGGUAAGACCACCUCGCUUGCGACGAUGAUUGACUAUGUCAACCAGUACAUGGAUCGUCACAUCGUGACGAUGGAAGACCCGAUCGAGUACUACCACGAGCACAAGAAGUCGAUCGUCAACCAGCGUGAAGUCGGGAACGAUGUCCCGAGCUUUGCGGAAGCACUCCGCCGUGCUCUGCGUCAGGACCCUGAUGUGAUCCUUGUGGGUGAAAUGCGUGACCUCGAGACCAUCGAAGCAGCGGUGCGUGCUGCGGAAACGGGUCACUUGGUCUUCGGUACGCUCCACACCACCGGUGCCGCGAAGACAAUUGACCGACUCGUGGAUGCAUUCCCUGUGACCCAGCAGAACCAGAUCCGUGUCCAGCUCUCCACAGCGCUGGUAUGUGUGCUCUCUCAGGUACUGCUCGGUCGAAUCGAUACCAAGGGUAUGGUUGCUGCUUAUGAGUUCCUCGUUGUCACGCCAGCGAUCGCGAACCUCAUCCGCGACAACAAGUCCUAUCGCAUCGAUUCGGCGAUCCAGACCGGAAAGAAAUACGGUAUGCAGUUGCUGGAUGACCACCUUUGGUCACUCUAUUCGUCCGGUAAAAUCUCUCCUGAAGAAAUGAUUGACAAGUGUAAGGACUCGAACGCACUGCGAACAAAGGUCCACCAAGCGGGUGGUAUCAUUGGUCGUCCAGAGAUGGAUGAUCCAGAAGCUGAAGUUGAACCUGAAGAUUGA